AUGUCUGACUCAGUGAUGCAUGAAAUCGAUCCUGGUGGAGAUACUCUUCUCAUUCUCCGGCAUUCCGACGCACCAUUCGCAGUAUGUGACAUAGACGAGCUUUGGCCCAAUGCUUUACCACGACAUCAAUCCGCAAAGUCCAAAGAGCAAGAACUAUCCAUUCUAUCCAGAGAGCCUACAGACGGUGGGGAUGGUGUUUUAGGUGGCAUAUCAUCUCCCGAGGAAGAUAAGCAAGGGCUGAAGCACACCCGAUACAAAUUGUGUUCCCAUAUACUGAAACGGACAUGUUCAUACUUUGCACGAUUGAUGUCCAGCAAGUGGCAGGAGGCAGAGUCUGAGGAGGGUUACCAGUGGACCAUCAGAGCAACAGACUGGGAUGAUGAAGCUGUCACUUUACUGAUGAACAUACUGCAUCACCGAACAAGACUUAUUCCCAGAAAAAUAAGUCUUGAAAUGUUGACGAAGAUUGCCGUGCUGGUUGACUACUACGGGUGCCUCGAGGCAGUUGAGCUAUGGGCCGAGAUUUGGAUGGCUGAACUGGGCUCGGUCGCGUCCGACCAGUAUUCUAGAGGCCUACUAUUGAGGCUCACUGUGGCCAUGGUGUUCCCUGACAAGAAAUCGUUCAGCACACUUACCAAAUAUGCCAUCCGUAGCAGUCGGGGGCCUAUUCAUACACUUUGUCUACCAAUACCACAACAGAUUGUUGACGCCGUGGAGGAGAAAAGAAAGAAAGCCAUCUCGCAACUUCUGCAGGACCUACAGAGUAUCUGGGAUGAUUUGAAUGUCGACCGACAUAACAAUCUUCUCCAGUGUCAAUGGAUGCUACUGGGAUAUAUCGACCAGAAUCUAUUUCUGCAGGGCCUAAAGCCCCUUCCCAACCCUCCAUUCUCAGGGUUCAGUUUGGAUGGACAGAAGACGCAGAAGUUCAUAAUGACAUAUCGAUUCCAAUUUAUCACUGUCCCGGAUCCUACGGAACGCAUCUCACCACAGUCGAAAAAACUGGCGCAUUCACAUGUUCUCCGCCAAAGACAUGCAAAGGAGAGACGUUCGCGUACCAAGGCCUACCAAGACAAGAUGCAAUUCCGGCAAAGUUCCGACUGGGACAUUGAGCAGCCGGAUAAUGUAUUUCAAAGCAGGAUGCUUGGCUACUGCAAGGAUCCCUUCUCAGCUUUGAUCAGACCGUUGACCUCUCAGGAAUACUUCCUGUUGAACUACUACGUCAGCGUCAACGUGCCGUACAAGGUCCUCUAUUGCAAUCUUCUGGAAGACCAAAUCCUGAAAGACUGGGUUGGUCUCGCCAUGGUCGAUGAGAACCUUCUCGAGUCUGCCAUUUUCCUAUCUGCAAGCCAGGAACUGCUACGCGUAUGCCCGAAUAACCCGAUGCUGAAGCGAAUGACCCUGGAAUACAAGCAAAAGGGCCUCUGCACACUACGGAAAGCAGUCUCUAGCUCGGAACAGAUAUUUAGCCUUGCAAAUGUUGCUCAAGCCCUUGCAUUGGCGUUUGAUGAGGAAGCGGUUGGUCGUACAGAAAUAGCAAAGAAACAUCUGCAAGGAACUUGUGCCAUGGUUGAAGUUGCUGGCGGCCUGCAGAGCCUCGGUAUCACAGGGCUGUUGGAGAAGCUAUAUACCAGGUUUGUAACUAGGACAAUCGGGUUAUAA